GGCGGCUGGGGCGCGGCGCGGUGCAGCCGGGGCGGACUGGGGAGCCGCUCUUUCCCUCUGACCGCAGUCUCUUGCCCCCCGAAGGCCGCAGCGCCGUCACCGCGGCCCUGGCCGCCACCGCUUCUUCUCGGGCCGGCCGGCGGGCCGAGCGCGCAGCACGGGGCGGCAUGGCUGUGUCCUGGAGGAGCUGGCUGGCCAACGAAGGGGUUAAACACCUCUGCCUGCUUGUUUGGCUCUCCCUGAAUGUCCUGCUGUUUUGGAAAACCUUCCUGCUGUACAAUCAAGGGCCAGAGUAUCACUACCUUCACCAGAUGUUGGGCCUAGGAUUGUGUCUAAGCAGAGCCUCUGCAGCUGUUCUUAACCUCAAUUGCAGCCUUAUCCUUUUACCCAUGUGCCGAACAUUGCUGGCUUAUCUUCGAGGAUCUCAGAAGGUUCCAAGCAGGAGAACAAGAAGAUUGUUGGAUAAAAGCAGAACAUUCCAUAUAACCUGCGGUGUUACUAUUUGUAUUUUCUCAGGAGUGCACGUGGCUGCCCAUCUGGUGAACGCCCUCAACUUCUCAGUGAACUACAGUGAAGAUUUUGUUGAACUGAAUGCAGCAAGAUACCAAAAUGAGGAUCCUAGAAAACUUCUCUUCACAACCGUUCCUGGCCUGACAGGAGUCUGUAUGGUAGUGGUGCUGUUCCUCAUGAUUACAGCUUCCACGUAUGCAAUAAGAGUUUCCAAUUAUGAUAUCUUCUGGUAUACUCAUAACCUCUUCUUUGUCUUCUACAUGCUGCUGAUGUUGCAUGUUUCAGGAGGGCUGCUGAAGUAUCAAACCAAUUUAGAUACUCACCCUCCCGGCUGCAUCUUUCUUAACCAAACCCACUAUCAGGAUGUUUCCUUACCAGAGCUUCUCUCAGAACAUUUUCAUGAACCUUUACCUGGAGGAUUUUCAAACCCAGAAGAGCUUAACCGAAACACAUUGGUGAAGAUUUGUGUGGAAGAGCCCAGGUUCCAAGCUAAUUUUCCACAGACUUGGCUUUGGAUUUCCGGACCUUUGUGCCUGUACUGUGCCGAAAGACUUUAUAGGUGUAUCCGGAGCAAUAAGCCAGUUACCAUCAUCUCAGUCAUUAGUCAUCCAUCAGAUGUCAUGGAAAUCCGAAUGGUCAAAGAAAAUUUUAAAGCAAGACCUGGCCAGUAUAUUAUUCUACAUUGUCCCAGCGUAUCUGCAUUAGAAAACCACCCAUUUACCCUCACAAUGUGCCCUACUGAAACCAAAGCAACAUUUGGGGUCCAUCUUAAAAUAGUAGGAGACUGGACAGAACGAUUCCGAGAUUUGCUGCUGCCUCCAUCUAGUCAAGAGUCUGAGAUUCUGCCCUUCAUUCAAUCUAGAAAUUAUCCCAAGGUAUACAUCGAUGGUCCAUUUGGAAGUCCAUUUGAGGAAUCACUCAACUAUGAGGUCAGCCUCUGUGUGGCUGGAGGCAUCGGAGUAACUCCAUUUGCGUCAAUACUCAACACCCUGCUAGAUGACUGGAAACCAUACAAGCUUAGAAGACUGUACUUUAUUUGGGUGUGUAGAGACAUUCAAUCCUUCCAUUGGUUUGCAGAUUUACUCUGUAUGUUUUAUGACAAGUUUUGGCAAGAGAACAGACCUGACUAUGUCAAUAUCCAGCUGUACCUCAGUCAAACAGAUGGGAUACAGAAGAUAAUUGGAGAAAAAUAUCAUGCAUUGAAUUCAAGACUAUGUGUUGGACGUCCUCAGUGGAGACUUCUGUUUGAGGAAAUAGCAAAAUGUAACAGAGGGAAAACAGUUGGUGUUUUCUGCUGUGGACCCAACUCAAUUUCCAAGACUCUUCAUAAGCUGAGUAACCAGAACAACUCAUAUGGGACAAAAUUUGAAUACAAUAAAGAAUCUUUCAGCUGAAAAAUUCUGAUUGAACUAAGACUCUAAAGAGAGAAUAAGUGCAAUUUUUAAGACUGAGAACUCAGCUGAAUCAGACAGUUGUUUUUUCUUAUUUAUGAUUAUUUAAAAUGAAAAUGCAGAGAAUGUGGUAAGAUGACAGGUCACAUUACAUGUUUAAUCUGGAAACCAAAGAGGCCUUGAAGACUAUGCGAUGUGGUGAUUCACUUCUUGAUGAUCAAAUUAAAAGACCAUGAUUAGAUGCACACUUGAUUUUUAUGGCAGAUUCAAGAACUCCCUAGUGAGGAGCUGAACUAGCUUACUCUGAAAAUGAUAGCUGUGGUCCUCUCUAAAUUGUUUUUGGUUGAACAAAAUUAAAAAUUCACUGAAACUCAUAUUUUUUACAUUGUAUAUAAGCAUAGUAUCUUUAAUUUGGAAAUGCUCCAGGCAAAUAUAUUCAGUAUUUGAAAAUGCAGCAUACAACUCUGUAUUCAUACGGGUACUUUGUAUUGAUAUCUAAUCUUCCUCACUACUGAUGCUAAUACCCCUACUUGAUGUCUGUAGAGUGUAUGCUGAUUGAACCUUCUGUAGGUAUUGAUAUAGUAUCUUCCCCCUCCUCCCUCUCUCUCUCUUCUUUUUCUUUCUUUCUUUCUUUCUUUCUUUCUUUCUUUCUUUCUCUCUCUCUCUCUUCCUUCCUUCCUUCCUUCCUUCCUCUCUCUCUCUCUCUUUCAUCUGUCUAGGGAAAUCUGCCCUCCCAUAUCAUGCAUUAGACACAGUGAUUUAAUAAGUCCUUUUCAUCUUCAAUUUAUUUAACCUAUUACUAUUGCAUAGCAAUGGAAAUAUUACUAUAAAUUAUAAAAUGACGCAUAUAUAUCAUUUAUAAAUAAGUUGUUGGUUGCCAACGACUUAUUUCCGUUUUUUAGCAUUUUGUCUUUUUCACUUUUUCCCCAAGGUAUAGUUUGUCUUAGUAUUGAAGUUGUUAAAGUGUUUCUUGUAAUUUGCACUUUUAAUUUGCACCAAAAAGCAACAUAUCUGGCAGCAGGCACUGAAAUAUAAGCUCUCUCUCCUUGGUCACACAUGAGCUUAUAAUGGAGAUAUUGAAAGUGUAAUCACAUUCCUGAACAGGCUCAUGCUAUUUUAUUUUCAACAAAAACAAAUACUUUAUUGAUUAUUCAAAUUAAGCUUAGAACAAAGAAUAUUUUUGUAGUACUCUUAGGCCUAAUGUUAUCAUUGGGACCAUGCUGUGUGAUCCUAUGAGGUUAUGGUCCUUGACUAUAUUUUUUUCUCAGAGGGGGAAAAAAAAAUCCAGUUUUCUACCUUAAGAAUUAAGGCGGGCUGGGGAUUUAGCUCAGUGGUUCCACUGCCUUCCUCUCAAGCGGAAGGGCCCAAGUUCGAUCCCCAGUACAAAAAAAAAAAAAAAAGGAACAGGGCUUAUUUAAAAAAAAAGAAUUAAGGCAUUUAUUUUAUUGAUUUUGUGUAGUACACAUCUAUGAAUUCCUAUCAAAUAUAUCAUAUCGCUGAAAUCAGCAGUCUGAUUUGCCUUGCCUUUGUUAAAAUUUUGUGUAUAAUAUAAUAUGAUAAAUGGUGCUGUCAUUUUCUAUUUGACUCACCAAUAGCAAUCAAGCAUGCUAAACCACCUGGCUUUGAAUGACCAUAAGCAUAUUUGCUUGUCCAUAUUUCUUCUUUUCCUUGGAAUUUCUUCUUCUCCCUUCUGUGGAAAGUCAGAAAAAAAUGAUGGGAAAUGUGCAAUGUUCCUACAGAUUUAGCUCUGAAGGCAUAUUUAAUAGCCAGUUCAUCUUGGUUAUACUUUCUAGAUUAACAAGAAUUGUUUUGAAAAAACAUAGCAGAAAUAAUUAGUGAAAAGAAGCUUGAAUUAUCCAGGCUUGAUGUGCAAUACUGACAUUUUAGUGAUUUUAAUUUAUGUGUAUAAUUAUAUUAAAGCAUCUAAUUUCAAUAAGCUGGUAUUUCAGAGCAGGUCUGCUAUGCUAGAUGAACAACCUUUCCAAUUCUAAAUUCCAGUAGAUGUUCAAAUGUUUAAUGUUAAACUUAGUUAAUUUUGGUUGCUAUGGAUAGGAAUGAAAUUAAAUCUUCAUCACACAUUUGCUUUUAUUUAUUUAUUUUUUCAUGCUGGGGAUCGAGCUCAGGACCUUGCGCUUCGAGGCAGGCGGCGGAACCACUGAGCUAAAUCCCCGGCCAUCACACAUUUAUCACACAGCUUUGCAUUGUUUUGAGGGGUUUCAUGGCAAUAAUUCUUGUCUUAAAUGUCUUAAGUGACUCAUUUUAGUAGCAAUAAAUAUUAAAUUUGAAA